GAUCGUUCCUUUUUGAACAGACGCACAUCUUCCAAAUCUCACACAAUAUUUGCAACCAAAAACAGUGCGUCAGGGAACAGGAAAUCUCUAGGUCCAGAAUGUACAAGGUCCAUACCGUUCUAUGAGUUGUCUUCAACCUGGCUGCAUGGGAAUGAUCUAGCUCAGUUCGGGAAAGUGAGAUCUUUGUCAACAGUGGAGAAACUUGGUCAUGUUCCUGUACUCUCUGCUGCCGCAGAGAGAUGAAGAGGAUGGUGAUGAGUUCAAGUUGGAGUCCCAGAAAUCCUGGAUAGAAAACACUUUCACCAAGAGGGAAUGUGUCUACAUACUGCCAGUGUCAAAAGAUCCUCACAGAUGCCUUCCAGGAUGCCAGAUAUGUCAGCAGCUCGUCAGAUGCUGCUGCGGCCGGCUGGUCCGGCAGCAUGUUGGGUUCACAGCGAGCCUGGCAAUGAAGUAUUCGGAUGUGAAGCUGGCUGAGGGGGUGGAGCUAGGGCCGGAGCAGGAGGAGUGGAGUGUGGAAAAGCACACGGAGCAGAGCCCCACUGAUGCCUAUGGAGUGAUCAACUUCCAGGGCGGGUCGCAUUCCUACAGAGCCAAGUAUGUGCGGCUGUCCCAUGAUUCCCGUCCAGAGGCCAUUCUACGGCUGAUGCUGAGAGAGUGGCAGAUGGAGCUUCCUAAGAUUGUAAUAUCUGUGCAUGGGGGCAUCCAGAACUUUGACCUGCACCCACGGAUCAAGCAGGUGGUGGGGAAGGGACUCAUUAAGGCUGCUGUAACAACCGGGGCCUGGAUCCUCACUGGGGGAGUCAACACAGGUGUUGCGAAGCAUGUGGGUGAUGCCCUAAAAGAACACUCGUCACGAUCUGCACGGAAAAUCUGCACCAUCGGCAUUGCCCCCUGGGGCGUGAUCGAAAACAGGACCGAUCUUAUCGGAAGAGAUGUGGUGGCCCCCUACCAAACGCUGCUGAACCCACUGAGUAAGCUGAAUGUGCUGAACAACCUGCACUCCCACUUCAUCCUGGUGGACGACGGCACUGUGGGGAAAUAUGGUGCCGAGGUGAACCUGCGGAGGGAGCUAGAGAAACACAUCAACCUACAGAGGAUCCAUGCCCGUAUCGGGCAGGGAGUCCCUGUCGUUGCCCUGAUCUUUGAGGGCGGUCCUAACGUGAUCUUGACUGUUCUGGAGUACCUGCAGGAGAGCCCCCCUGUGCCUGUGGUUGUGUGUGAGGGAACGGGUCGUGCUGCAGAUAUCCUGUCCUACGUCCACAAACAGACUGAGGAUGAUGGUGGACUACCAGAUGGUGUAGAGAUUGACAUCCUUGCAACAAUCAAAAAAACAUUUAACUUCAGUCAUAAUGAUGCUGUUCACCUGUUUCACACACUCAUGGAAUGUAUGAAGAACAAAGACCUGAUAACUGUGUUUCACGUUGGCUCGGAAGACCAUCAGGACAUUGAUGUGGCUAUUCUGAAGGCUCUGCUAAAAGGCACUGAUGCCUCUGCGUUUGACCAGUUGGUGCUGACGCUUGCAUGGAACAGAGUGGACAUCGCAAAAGAUCAUGUGUUUGUUUAUGGUCAAAAGUUACUGGUGGACUCUCUGGAGCAGGCCAUGCUGGAUGCCUUGGUGAUGGACCGGGUGGACUUUGUUAAGCUGCUAAUUGAGAACGGAGUCAGCAUGCACCGCUUCCUCACAAUCUCACACUUAGAGGAGCUAUACAACACGAAACUCCCAACAAACCACACCCUCUUUCAGCUUGUAAGGGAUGUCAAACAGGGAAACCUCCCUCCUAACUAUAAGAUCACACUGAUUGAUGUGGGCCUGGUAAUUGAGUACCUGAUGGGAGGGACCUAUCGUUGCAACUAUACUCGCAAACGCUUUAGGAUCAUCUACAACAAUCUCCAUGGUAGCAGCCGGCGAUCGGGGCGAACCCAGCCCAGCGGGCCUUCUCUACGUAAAACCCAUGAGGCGUUCAGCAUGCAGGCAGACAAGAAAGAGAAAACCAGACACAACCACUUCAUCAAGACCGCACAGCCCUACAAACCAAAGUUGGAGUCAUCCAGCGACCUGCAGCAGAAGCGCAGUAAGGAGGAGGUGGUGGACAUUGACGACCCAGAGACGCGCCGCUUCCCCUACCCCUUUAAUGAGCUGCUGGUGUGGGCAGUUCUCAUGAAGAGGCAGAAGAUGGCACUGUUCUUCUGGCAGCAUGGGGAGGAGUCCAUGGCCAAGGCCCUAGUGGCCUGCCGGCUCUGCAGGGCCAUGUGCUAUGAGGCCAAGAAAAGUGAUGUGGUGGAUGACACCUCAGAGGAGCUGAAGAAAUACUCAAAUGAGUUUGGCAGGCUGGCAGUGGAUCUACUGGAACAGUCUUUCCGGCAGGACGAGACAAUGGCGAUGAAGUUGUUGACGUAUGAGCUGAAGAACUGGAGUAACUCCACCUGUCUGAAGUUGGCGGUGUCCUCGAGGCUCCGCCCCUUCGUGGCCCACACCUGCACACAGAUGCUGCUCUCCGACAUGUGGAUGGGCCGCCUCAACAUGCGCAAGAACUCCUGGUACAAGGUGAUCCUGAGUAUCCUAGUCUUCCCUGCAAUCCUCAUGCUGGAGUAUAAAAGUAAGGCUGAGAUGGCCCACAUCCCACAGGAUGCACACCAGGUGAGCAUGGAGGACAGUGACCACAACCUGCAGAGAGCUGACGACAUUCCGAUGGAUGUGUUUAAGGAGGCUCGUAUGAAUGAGCACGUUGAGAUAAACAAUGAAGCAGAAGUUCUCAUGCGUUCACGCCGUCUGCCAAUCACUCGCAAGUUCCAUGCAUUCUACCUCGCCCCCAUCGUCAAGUUCUGGACAAACACGCUCUUCUACCUGGGCUUCCUGAUGCUGUACUCGUAUGUGGUGCUGGUGAGGUUGCCGCUCUUUCCGUCCCCUCAGGAGUGGGUUGUCAUUCUUUACAUCUUCACCUCCGCCAUCGAGAAGAUCCGUGAGAUGUUUAUGUCAGAAGGUGGAAAGAUAAGCCAAAAGAUCAAAGUGUGGUUCAGUGAUUACUUCAACAUUUCAGACUUUAUCGCUAUCAUCAUGUUCUUUGUUGGAUUUGGAUUGCGUUUUGGCUCUGGGAAAGUCUUCAUUGCUGGAAGAAUUGUAUAUUGCCUAAACAUCAUAUUUUGGUAUGUGCGACUUCUUGACUUUCUUGCUGUCAAUCAGCAGGCUGGCCCUUACGUCAUGAUGAUUGGCAAAAUGGUGGCUAAUAUGUUUUAUAUCGUGGUGAUAAUGUUUGUGGUUUUGGUGACAUACGGAGUGCCUCGUAAAGCAAUCCUCUACCCAAACUCGGACGCUGAGUGGUCUUUGAUCAUCGACGUCCUUUUCCAGCCCUACUGGAUGAUGUAUGGGGAGGUGUACGCUUAUGAGAUCGAUGUAUGUUCUAACUCUAGUGAGAAUCCUGUGAAAUCCCUGUGUGCCUCCGGAGUGUGGUUGACUCCAGCUCUGCAGGCCGUCUACCUCUUCAUUCAGUACAUCUUAAUGGUCAACCUUCUCAUCGCCUUCUUCAAUAAUGUUUAUCUGCAAGUGAUGUCCAUGUCUAACCUGGUGUGGAAGUACCAGCGGUAUCACUUCAUUAUGGCGUACCAUGAUAAGCCUGUUCUGCCUCCUCCUCUCAUCAUCUUCUGCCACAUGGCCUCCUUCCUCAACUUCCUGUGUAAACGCAGGAAGAAGGACAGCAGCGCUUACGGACCGAAGCUUUUCUUGACGGAGGAGGACCAGAAGAAGCUCCAUGAUUUUGAGGAGCAGUGUGUUGAGACUUAUUUCCAUGAGAAGGAUGACAAGUUUCACUCUGGGAGUGAAGAAAGGAUCAGGCUUACCUCAGACCGGGUGGAAACAAUGAGUAUCCAGCUGAAAGAGGUCGGGAACAGGGUCAAUUUCAUCAAACGCUCUCUGCAUUCUCUGGACUCUCAGAUCGGUCACCUGCAGGACUUAUCUGCCUUGACUGUGGACACUCUGAAAGCUCUGACUGCCCAAAGGGCGUCUGAUGCCAGCAAGGUGCAUAACCAGAUCACACGGGAACUCAGUCUGUCCAAGAACCUGGUGCCAGGAGUGGUGGAUCCCCUCCCACCCUCCAAGGCAUCGGUCCUGCCGCAGCGCAGCAUUUACCCUCCUCCAGGCCACAUGGCUGACUCGCUGUUUGGGGGCAGGGCCAACGAGGGGGCAGGGCUGACUGGAGAGAUUGCUCUGAGUCCUGAAAAGAGGCCGUUGUUCACACCGGAGGCUGGUUCUUCUGGUAGUGCCUUAGAAUACACACACGAGCACGCUCACACACAUGUGCAGCUUGGCAGCGGGUCUCCCCCAGAGAAGCCUGUGGGACAGAACAACACCAGUCGCAAAGACAGCAGCCUGCCCAAACCUCCUGAUGCCAUGGCAACCUUCUUCGUCAGUACUCCCACACAGCCUGUUGGCCUACGCGCACACACACUCACACAUGCUGUGCAGACCGAACAGCCUCACACCUCUGUGGAGUUUGGGGCCUUCGUGGGUCAUAAAGAUGAUCCUGAAGAUCAAAGGUUGUUCCUCAAAGACACCUCUGCGGGCUGCCGCCAGCUCAGUCCUUCCAGAAAGGACUCAGCAGAGGGUCACCUGCGGACAGUGAACUCUUACGCUGGGUUCACAGAGCUUGACCGAACCCCUGCUUUCCUUCAUCCCGAAUUCAGUCUGAGUAAGCAGGAGAAGAGUCGAGUGUCAGCUGAGGAUGUGGUGUUCCAUGAGGACCCACGAGCCACUUUGCUAUUGGAGAGAGCUCAGGGGAAAUCAGUCCAGGCCAUCAGUAGUCUAACUGCAGAAGAGGAGGCCAGUAAAGGUGAGAGGAACUCUGAGCAUGUGCACCCUAACCCAGCUCCAGUAGGCAUGUACUCAGCCAGACACACACCCCUGGGUGCGCGAAAAGACUCGAUCGGUUCUCCCUUUAAGCCUAUGGAAGGCUAUCAGUAUUCAGCGGUGGAGCGUAAUAACCUGAUGAGAUUGUCCCAGAGCAUUCCAUUCACCCCUGUUCCCCCUAGAGGGGAGCCCGUGACAGUGUACCGUCUGGAGGAGAGCUCUCCUAACAGCAUCAACAACAGCAUGUCAUCCUGGGCUCAGCGGGGCCUGUGCGCCAAGAUCGAGUUCCUCAGCAAAGAGGAAAUGGGUGGUGGCCUCCGCAGAGCCCUCAAGGUGCUGUGCACCUGGUCCGAGUACGACGUCCUGAAGCCGGGACACCUCUACAUCGUCAAGUCCUUCCUCCCGGAGGUCAUCAAUACGUGGAAGAGUGUGUAUAAAGAGGACACCGUGCUCCACCUCUGUCUAAGGGAGAUCCAACAGCAACGAGCAGCUCAGAAACUCACCUUCGCCUUCAAUCAAAUCCGACCCAAAACCAUCCCCUAUUCACCUAGGUUUCUUGAGGUGUUUCUGCUGUACUGUCACUCGGCUGGACAGUGGUUUGCCAUCGAGGAGUGCAUCACUGGCGAGUUUAGGAAGUUUAAUAACAACAAUGGAGAUGAGAUCGUUCCCACCAACUUGCUGGAAGAGACCAUGCUGGCCUUCAGUCACUGGACCUAUGAAUUCACACGUGGAGAACUGCUUGUGCUCGACCUGCAGGGUGUCGGGGAGAUUCUGACAGACCCAUCAGUGAUCAAAAGUGGCGAGAAAGGUUUGAAUGCUUUAAACUCUUUCAGGUCAUAUGACAUGGUCUUCGGACCAGCCAACCUUGGUGAUGAUGCCAUAAGAAACUUCCGGACAAAACAUCAUUGCAAUUCCUGUUGCCGAAAACUCAAACUACCUGAUCUGAAAAGGAAUGACUACACUCCAGAGAAGGUGACACUACAACAGGAUGACCAAACAGAAGGCUCCUCCCCCUCCCCACCAGCAGGUGGCAGCACUAAAGAACCACGCCAAUCCAUGCGCUUAAUGCUGUGAGAGAGAGACAAAUACAAACACAAGCAGCAUCUGGAGACACACUAGUACUGUGGUUACUGGAAUGACAUCCCUCCACAGAGAGAGACAGGCAGGCAUAGAGACAGACGGACAGACAGGCAGGCAAAGAGACAAACGGACAGACAGGCAG